ACAGUUGGACAGCCGACGCCACUGCGCCGCGUCCCCGGUUCUGGCUACGUGUAAUUCAGGGGAAAAAUGGCAGAUAGAAAAAAUAAUAAUGUCCCCAACAGUAGUGCGAAUUUACUGUUCAGCGCUGCUCCGGAGUUUAACUUCAACCUGCCGUUUAUGCCGGUGAGCCAGGCCACCGGGCCGGCGGUGCUGUCAGGAGAAGAUUCCACUGACGUUGGAGAAGAAGACAGCUUUCUCGGUCAGACGUCUGCCAAUGCACCGGUAUCCUCCUCCACAUUCAGCUACUUCUCCAGCCCUGUUACCAGCUCUGACCCGUUCGCCUCUCUGGGCCAGUCACCAUGCCCCCCGUCGGCCUCAUCUUCAGCGCACGCAUCAACCGGACCGCCUCCCGUUCCCAACAGCAGCAGCAUGGCUCCAACUCCUCCGCCACCAUCUGCUGGCUCACAAAUGAUGCCCCCUCCCCAAGUGUUCGGCGGCGCCGUUUACCAAAGCCCAGUUGGGCGUCACACUCCUCCCCCUACCACCAUGACGCUGCCGCCUCAAACACAGUCGCAGGCUCACAACCCGUACCGGCACACCCCCACCAGCAGCAGAGCCAGCCCUUACAUUCCAGCCCCGGAGAUCCUGCCGCCAACACGCACACCUCAGCAGAACCCCUGCUCUCUCAGCUCGUCCCCCCAGAUGUUCCCCCCUCCAGCUCCUACAUUUACAACACCUCCUCCCACUCAUUUUAAAGGGGCUCCGGCUCCGGCCUCCACCGCCGGAGCUGUGGUUCCUGCAGGUCCAAUGAUGCAGUACAACUACAACAUCUACGAACAAGUUCAGCCUCACUGGUUCUACUGCAAGCAGGUGGAGUCGAAGAGUGUCUGGUUUCCUCUGAGCAUUAUUGACUCGCUUCAGCUCGAGGAGACGUACAACUCAGUUCAACCUGAUCCAGAAAAUGUGGUGGUACGCACAGACGGGGGGCGUUACGAUGUGCACCUUUACGACCGCAUCCGCACCGCAGUCUACUGGGAGGAGGAGCCCACAGAGGUCCGGCGCUGCACCUGGUUCUACAAGGGCGACAAGGACAGUCGCUUCGUUCCGUAUUCGGAGGAGUUUAGUGAAAAACUGGAGGCAGAAUAUAAAAAAGCUGUAUCUACUAACCAGUGGCAUCGGAGACUGGAGUUUCCAUCCGGAGAGACGAUCGUGAUGCACAAUCCAAAGGUCAUAGUGCAGUUUCAGCCCUCCUCCAUUCCAGACGAGUGGGGCACCACUCAGGACGGGCAGACGAGGCCGCGGGUGGUGAAGAGAGGGAUUGAUGAUGACCACGAUGAAGUGCCUGAUGGUGAGCUUCCCACAGUGGAUCAUCUGGUGUUCAUGGUCCACGGCAUCGGCCCUGUUUGCGACCUGAGGUUCAGGAGCAUGAUCGAGUGCGUGGAUGACUUCCGGAGCGUGUCCCUGAAGCUGCUGCACAGUCACUUUAAGAAGUCGCUGGACGAACACGCCAUCAGCCGGGUGGAGUUCCUUCCUGUCCAGUGGCAUACGGCUCUGCAUGGCGAUGCCACGGGCGUAGACAGGAGGAUAAAAAAGAUCACCCUACCCAGCACCGGACGUUUGCGUCACUUUACAAACGAGACUCUGCUGGACGUCCUUUUCUACAACAGUCCAACUUACUGCCAGACCAUCAUGGACACCGUAGCUCUGGAGAUCAACCGGCUCUACGCUCUGUUUAUGAAGAGGAACCCCGACUACAGGGGAGGAAUAUCAGUGGCCGGACACAGCUUGGGAUCUCUGAUUCUCUUCGAUCUGCUCUCCAAUCAGAAAACCGUCUCCCCAGCGCUGAUGAUGCCACCCAUGCCUGCUACUAACGGAGAUGCCAAACAGGUGAUGGCUCCUACGUCACAGACGGACAGCGCUGUCAGUCCUGCUGCUGGGGAGGAGCCGGCCAAAGAGGACGAGGAAGAGUUUGAGGACCUCGCCGCCAUGCUGCAACAUUUGGGGCUCUCUGAAUACAAGAGCAUCUUUGAUCAGGAGAAGAUUGACGAAGAAUCCUUCCUCAUGUGCACGAUGGAGGACCUGAAAGAAAUGGGCAUCCCACUGGGUCCUCGGAAGAAAAUGGCCAAGUUUGUGAAGGAGCGGUUGAGCAGACAGGCUGCACGCCAAGCUGCCCAAGAGAAGAAAGCAGAGAUGAAGGAGGGUCAGGCUGCGGUGCCUCAGCCAGCGUCUGAAGAUCCUGCUGGAAGCGCCGCGGCGAAGCCACCGGCGGUCGGCUCCGUCUCCUCUGUCCACGUCAACUACAACUACUUUGAAGUUGGAACUGGACAAGUUUCUGUGAUCUACCACAGCCUGGACUUUGAGCCGGUGAACUUCUUCGCUCUGGGUUCUCCAAUCGGUAUGUUCCUGACGGUCAGAGGGCUGGAGAAGAUCGACGAGACGUACCAGCUGCCCACCUGCAAGGGGUUCUUCAACAUCUAUCAUCCGUUGGACCCGGUGGCAUACAGAAUCGAGCCCAUGAUCGUCCCAGACCUGGACCUGAAACCCGUUCUAAUCCCACACUACAAAGGAAGGAAGAGGCUUCAUCUCGAGCUGAAGGAGAGCCUCUCCAGGAUGGGCUCAGACCUGAAGCAGGGCGUCAUCAGCUCCCUGAGGAGCGCCUGGCAGACGCUCAACGAGUUUGCUCGGGCGCACACCUCAUCCACCCUGCAGGCCGAGCUGGCCAUCGUGGCCAACCAGAUCGAAGAGGAGGAGAAGCACGUGCACGAAGAGCAUAAACUCCCAGAGAGUCUUGAGCUGCAAAGAGAAGAGGAGCCGCAGGUGAAGAUCGGGAUGCUGAACGGAGGGAACCGGAUCGACUACGUGCUGCAGGAGAAGCCCAUCGAGAGUUUCAACGAGUAUCUGUUUGCCCUGCAGAGUCAUCUCUGCUACUGGCAAUCCGAAGACACGGCGCUGCUGCUCCUCAAGGAGAUCUACAAAACCAUGGGGAUCCACCCUGAGCAGCCGGCCCAUUAAUGCUCCGAUUCUUCCCUGUCUGGUUUAAUCUGCCAUUUCAAGAAGAUUUUUUUUUUCUAUUUUUUAUCGAAGGAGUUUAUUUUACCCAGAUGAAUAAUAUGUUUUUAUUAUUCAAUGGUCUUAAAUUAACAAACAUGAAUGAGCUGGUAGAUUCAUGUUUAUUACAUUUUAUAGCCAAUAUGCAUCUCGUGGUCGCCUAGAAAUAUGUACCAUAAAGAUCAAAAGGAAUAUGAAGUUAAUGCUUGUAAGUUAUUUCAUGGACAAAUCUUCACAAUAAACUCUCAUCUUGCUCAAUUUUU